AUGCCGUUGGUUGACUAUAUGAAGUACUUAGACCGGACCUGUAAGAUAGGACUGGCACCGUGCUUUCAAUGGAUCGGAGGACCAAAAGACAGGCCCCAGCAGACGACGAUCAGUAAAAAUCUCUUCUCACUUGCGGUCAUUUCAUUGGUCUACCAGUUGUUUGGUAUAGUUACUUAUGGGUUCCUGUUGGUUCAGACGGAAAAGGACACGGUUAGGUUCGUAACAGGACUUUCUGAAGUGUGCGGUUCUCUUAUGUUAAUCUGUGUGGCGUGCUCCAAUGUUUGGGGACUCACGAAGAACCGUCCCUAUAUUGAGGAGGUGUUUGCUGAACUUCAGGUGAUGUAUCCCAAACCAAAGGAUAAAUACUAUCGCUCCCAGCACUAUCGAGAUGUGGCUCUCUUCACCAUGAAGUGUCAGUACAUACUGUACAUCAUCUUUUAUAUGUACUACAAUGGUGCGCCACUUUUACUGCUUCUGUGGGAGUAUCUGAUGGAUAGGCAGAACAUGAGCUACAGGAUGCAAACCAACAUGUGGUUCCCUUGGAAGGUCCACGGCUCACCAAUUGGAUUCGGUGUAGCUAUUCUUUCUCAGGCCCUUGCCUCAGUUAUAGGCGUUGGCUUUUCUCUGAAAUCGUUGAACAUAAUCUGCAUAUUUACGUUCCAACUGAAACUUCACUGUGACGCCUUGGCAAGCAAGCUAGUGAGUCUGGACGCUCGACAUCCUGAAUCGUUUCGGAAAUUAAAGAAUUUGAUCGUCUAUCACUGUCGUAUUCUCGCGAUUGCGGAGCGAGUCAAUGAAAUUUUGAACUCCUACUUCCUGAACAGUCUCAUUUUUUCCACAAUUGCCAUUUGCAUGACAAGUGUUGCCAUCCUGCUACUUGACUUUGUGUCAGCUUUUAAGUACAUUAGUGGUCUGAUUGCAUUCGUCCUCUAUCACUUCGUCAUAUGCUACAUGGGAUCCGCGGUCACUUCAGCGGUAAGUAAGCCUGUCUCUAUGGUACUAUUCUAA